GGCGGGGAAGGGGGCUGGCACCAACGGGCCAGAGCUCCCUGCCGCCCUGGCGGGCGGGCUCCUGCCCUGCUUGGGCGCUGAGCGCUUGGCGGCCCGGGAAGGCGGGAGCCGGGCGGAGCGGGGACAGGGCGAGGCCAGGAGCCGGGCAGCAUGGCAGAGAGCGACCCGCAGAGCGCCCGCGGCCUCUCGCGCUUCGCAGAGAACUUGCUAGAGCAGCUGCAGGACAACUUUCAAGCUUUGACUGCAGAGUUAUCCCUGAGAAUGGAUGAAAUGGGCGAGCGAAUCAGUGACCUGGAAAAGCAUGUCACUGACCUAAUGGCACAAGCUGGGAUAGAAAACACCAGUGGAGACUUGAUGAACUGAAAAUGAGAGUCUAGUGACCAAGAAGGAUAGGUCAAAAUCUGUGCUGCACUGAGUUUGGAAAGACAAAGAUCAUCUAUCAACAGAUUUCUACAAAUGUGUUAAGUGAAAAGCAAUAUCAAACCUGUAAAGGACUUUACAUGGUGUAUUUUCAUUUUAUGAUCAUGCACAAUGAUUGAUACCUGAAAUAUUUAUUUGUAAUAGGUAAAAUAUACAAACCUAUAUAAUGAGCAACUCCAGUGAAAGAAAAGAAUAUAUGAAUAUAAGUUCUUAGGCAUGUGAAGACUCCAUUCUUUUUUAUUUUUGCUCUAGUAAAAGGGUAAAAUACUAAGUUUGUGACUAUCUCAUAAGUGACACAUUUUACUUUUUUGGAGGAGAAAUGCUAUUUUUAAAAAAUACAGCAAUUGUAGGGGGCACAAAAUUGCUGUAACCAUACCAUAAUCUGUAAUAAAUUUUCUCAUUUAAAAUAAAGGAUUAAAUAAAAAGUUG